CGGCCAUUUUUGAGGCGGGCACCCAACCCCACGCCCUGGGAGCCUCAGGGGGGCAGCGGGGGAUGCUGUUACCGGGACUCAAGAUGGCCACCACGCCCGCUAGCCAGCCCGCUAGCCCGCGGGCCAGCGAACCUGCACGAGACGCGCGGGCUGCUCGCCUCGAUCCACUGCGCCCCGGGCAGACCUCCAGCCGUCCGCCCGGGGGCGGAGUGCCCGCCCUCCCUCAGGCGGCGGCCAAUCAGCGCGCGGAGCCGGCUCGCCCGGGGCGGCUCGCGCGCGGGGUGUGUGAGGACGCGCUCCCAGUUGCUGAGAGCCUGAGCAGCCGAGCAGUUGCCGUAUUACCUGCAGCUGCCGGGGCGGACGCAGAGCAUCGGACGCGGGCGUUGUGGCUUGGGGCAGGAAGGUGAAGGCAUGUCGUCCGUCAGUGAAAAUAUCCUCUUUGGACUGGGAAAUCCUCUGCUUGACAUCUCUGCUGUAGUGGACAAAGAUUUCCUUGAUAAAUAUUCUCUGAAACCAAAUGACCAAAUCUUGGCUGAAGACAAGCACAAGGAGCUGUUUGAUGAACUUGUAAAAAAAUUCAAAGUCGAAUAUCAUGCUGGUGGCUCUACUCUGAAUUCAGUUAAAGUGGCUCAGUGGAUGAUUCAGCAGCCACAUAAAGUAGCAACGUUUUUUGGAUGCAUUGGGAUAGAUAAAUUUGGUGAGAUCUUGAAGAAGAAAGCUGCUGAAGCCCACGUGGACGCCCAUUACUAUGAGCAGAGCGAGCAGCCCACGGGAACCUGUGCCGUGUGCAUCACUGGUGACAACAGGUCCCUUGUAGCUAAUCUUGCUGCUGCCAAUUGUUAUAAAAAGGAAAAACAUCUUGAUCUGGAGAAAAACUGGAUGUUUGUAGAAAAAGCAAGAAUUUGUUAUAUAGCAGGCUUCUUUCUUACUGUUUCCCCAGAGUCAGCACUAAAAGUGGCUCUCCAUGCUUCUGAAAACAACAAGAUUUUCGUUUUGAAUCUGUCUGCACCAUUUAUUAGCCAAUUCUACAAGGAACCAUUGAUGAAAAUUAUGCCUUAUGUCGACAUACUUUUUGGAAACGAGACGGAAGCUGCCACUUUUGCUAGAGAGCAAGGCUUUGAGACUAAUGACAUUAAAGAGAUGGCCAAAAAGACACAAGCCCUGCCAAAGGCGAACUCAAAAAGGCAGCGAGUUGUGAUCUUCACCCAAGGGAGAGAUGACACCAUAAUGGCCACAGGGAAUGAAGUCACUGCCUUUCCUGUCUUGGAUCAAGACCAGAAAGAAAUAAUUGACACCAAUGGAGCUGGAGAUGCAUUUGUUGGAGGUUUUCUGUCUCAACUGGUCUCUGACAAGCCUCUGCCUGAAUGCAUUCGUGCUGGCCACUAUGCAGCAAGUAUCAUAAUUAGACGGACUGGCUGCACCUUUCCUGAGAAACCGGAUUUCCACUGAUGGAAGAGCUGAGAACCCAAGCCCAGGAGUACAGACACUGCCCACUGAUUGCUUCCGGAGAAUUCCCAUAUUAAAAAAGAAGAAAACUAUCUAUCAUCUUUUCCUACUAUAAUAACAUUCAGUCUUAAUACAGAGGGUUUGGUAAUGUUCACAGAAUCUUUAUUAUCUCAAGAAACCUAAAAAUGACAUUUAUUUCCAUAGUUUGAUAGUGCCACUUAAAUGUUGAUUAAGAAUAUAACAUUUCAAUAGAAAUUUUUAUUUCAUUUUCAAUUACUUUGUAAAUUCGGGUGUAUUUAGUAAAUUGAUUAGUUUUUUUUACAUUUCUGCUUUGAAUGCAGAUGUAAUUUAAUAUGAUAGAUUUUUUAAAUGAAUUAAUCUAAAUACAUUAAUCUUGAGCUUUUUAUACAAACAUAACUAUUUAAUUGAGGAGUGUGUGUGUACAUAAGAUACAUACAUACAUACAUAAAUAUACAACAUAGAUACAUUAUAUAAAUAGUCGAAUAGGGUACAGAAAUAUUUAUCUUGCCAAAUUAAGCCAAAUAAUCUCUUCAAUGUGCACUCAAACAUGUAAUGAACUUUGAAUAAUUUAAAUAAUGUGCCAAAUUUUAAGUUACAUUUCAAUAUCUAAAUCAUAAUCUUAUACUUACUUAUGGAACUCUAUAAUUUGAUAUAAAUAAAAACUUGUCAUAUAG